AUGGUGCUAAGGCUGACAAGACUCAAUGACGAUGCUGGAGAAACGUUUGCGAGUAUGCCAAGUCCACGGUUCAACAUUGAUCUUUACUAUGACCCAGAAACCAAGCUGUACUACGAAGCUAGCUCCGGAUACUUCUAUGACCCUGUAAAAUCAGCCUACUAUUAUUGGUCACAAUCGGAAGGUCGCUACCUACCAGCUGAUUCGCUAAUACGUGGUCAGUUGGCUGAGGCCCAUUCUGCAACGGUAGCUCUCAAUGAGGCCAGUGCUCUUCGCAGAGCAGCCGAGCAAAUAGCUGCCAGACAGGCGGCGGAGCGAGUAGCUGCCCAAUUGGCUGAAAUCCGAGCUGGCAAGGAUGAUUACGCGGCAUAUGCAUACUCUACUUGUGUGGCUCCGCAGCAUAAACAACUAUCCAGUGGGCAUCAUAAUCACAUCCAACUUGCCUCUGCUUCCUCCUCUUCCUCAGUUGCUUCCGUCACUUCUCCUGGUGCUCGGAGUCUUUUAUCCUCAGGCUCAAAUACUCUGGCUCACGAGGAGGCACAUCUGCCCCUUGCAUACGGCAAAGCGUUUGUUGCCGCCUCUGAUAUCGAAGCUUCAUUGAAUUCAUGGAGCAAACCAAGGCAGGCUUCUGUUUCCAAUGCUUCUGCAUCCGUCUUCUGUCCUGCUCAGUAUGAUACAGAGGAUGACAUUCAUCCACCUGGAACCUGA